UUAUUUUACUUGUAGUAGUUAUUUUACUUGUACUGGUACUUGAUAUUGUACUCGUACUUGUUAUUGUGCUUGUACUUGUUAUUGUGCUUGUACUUGUACUCGUUAUUGUACUCGUACUUGUUAUUGUAAUUGUACAUGUAAUGGUACUUGUACUUGUUAUUGUACUUCUACUUGUUAUUGUACUGUUACCUGUACUUGUACAUGUACUUUUUAUUGUAUUUCUACCUCUGCUUGUACUUGUUAUUGUACUUUUAUUUGUUAUUGUACUUGUACUUGUUCCAUUACUUUUUAUUGUACUUCUAAUUGUACAGCGAAGUCGGAUUUGUGAUUUUACUUUACUUGUUAUUGUACUUGUAAUUGUUAUCAUAUUAGUUAUAGUACUUUUACUUGUUAUUGUACUCGUACUUGCUAUUGUACUUGUGCUUGUUAUUGUAAUUGUACUUCUUAUUGUAUUUGUACAUGUAAUUGUACUUGUUAUUGUACUUGUACCUGUACUUGUUAUUGUAUUUGUACUUGUUAUCGUACUUGUACUUGUUGUACUUCUUAUUGUACUUGUAAUUGUUAUUGCACAUGUAUAUGUUAUUGUACUUGUUAUUGUACUUGUUAUACUUGUUAUG